UCGCUGAUUUCGGCGCAGUGUGCGCGCUAAAAAGUGAUUCUUUGCUAUACAUCUCUUUACAAUAUAACAAAUUUAACUUGAUAAGAAGCAAGAUUUAUUAGUCAGUGUAAAAAAAAAAAAACAAAUUAAUUGAAAGCUAAUUGUUUUCUUUCUAAAAAUUAAAGAUUUGUUUUCACUGUCGAAAAGUGCAUGAAGAGUAAGAACGAGGCACAUUUUUGCGCAAGAAAACGUGAAAAAUAUAAGUUAUAAAACAUUAAGAAAAUAAACUAUGUUUACAACUCGGAAAGAGGUGGAUGAGCAUGUCCACAAAAUGUUUUCUAAAGUUCCGCCUGGCCCAGAGCGCGACAUGAAGGGCUGGGCGGUGGGCCGCUUGUACAGCAAGAUCCAAGAAUACGCCAAGGCCAUUGAGCAUUUAAAUGCUUUUUUGAAGGUAAACGAUGAUGCUGGCGCUCAUAAGCUAAUUGCCCGCUGUUAUAAACAGUUGAAAAAUCCGGAUUACCAAAAGGCGUUUGAGCACUACGAACGCUCUAUUCAGUUAAAUCCCAAGCAGCCAGACAUUAUAAAUGAGUGUUGCAGAAUGCUUUAUGAGCAAAAGACUCUUUGCACCCCAGACAGGGUUAGCUAUUGGUUGGAGUUGGCUAGCACGGUUGAAGAUCUUCAAGAAAGCGAGUUGCUGCUUGCGCUCCGCAUGCGCUCCUCGGCGGGUACAGUAGGUCGGACAGAGUUGGAUAAUUCAAUGGAACUGGUUAUAAAAAAAGAGCUGUUGACCCGUCCACAUAAUACGCUAUUGCAGUUACGGCUGCUACAAACUUACUUGGAAAAUAAACGGAUAGACGAAGCCUUUAAUUAUGCUUACAAAACAGAGCUCGAAUUUCCUGCUCACUCCCAGUCGGCUGAGUGGUACGAUGUGAUUGCGACGGUGCUUCAGAAAUGCGAGUACAAAGAGACAUCAAAGGAUUGGCCGUACUGGCAGUUGUUGCUUAUCACUUUCGAGCGGCUCCUCCAACUUAACCUGCAAUCCGAUGCCAGCAAUAGUUUGGGGGAAAGCAUUGCCCAGCUCUUUAAAUUGGAUCAGUAUCUAUACAAGUUUAGUCUACUUGCCGAUCAGCUUUCGAAUCAUGGGGGCCGUGAACUGCAUCAAUGUUGUCUAGAACACUACGCUGGACAAUUGUUCCUACACGCAGUAACGAUGCUCUUUAAGCGUGAAAUUCUCGGCAACAAAAACAAAUGGUCCAGUACGGUGCGUGCAGCUCUGCCGCUAAUGUUACUUGGCUAUCAACAGAAUUUGCAUGAGGCGAAAUCAUCUUAUUGGCAACGCCAUUGCAACAGCGUGCAGCAGAAGCUGCUUAACCUUUGGCGGCAUCAAGCCGCCUUUCGGUGUGCCCAGCUAGGACGAACCCUACGCGGCUGUGUGCAAAUAACUAUAGAUGAUGCCGGACAAAAUGAUUUGCGGGAAACCCAAUUGCAAGGCCUUUGGUCGAAUAGCGAUGAAUUACUGGCGGCAGCACGCCAACACUGUGUAGACAGCCAGUGGCGAUCACAGCUUUAUCAACAGUUAUACACGCACCCCGAAAACAAAUUGAAGGAGCAGUCGUCGUAUUUGGUACGUGAUCAGCGCCUCCAACAGCCGCUAUACGAAUGGCCAUCGCUUGCCCAGGUUGAAGAGCAUGAGCAGCUGGCGCUUCAGCUAGCUCCAUCAACUCUAGACCACCAUGUUUACCUAGCGCUUAGCACUGACAAUUUGGCAGAGGCGCCGCGCGUGCACUUCUAUAAAGCCUUGCGUCGCGAUUGUAAGCAGCCUUUGAGCAAUUGCAGUGUUGACACUCUAAGUCAGGUGGAUGUAGAUAUUUUUCUGUAUGCUGUUGUACUACAGGCACAGCGUAAGAUGAAUGUGCAACGCGAGAGUUACAAUAGCUACCAUGUGGGUAAUCGCAACGCGGCCGCACGGCCCUAUAUGCUGCCUUUUGCAAACAUAAUGGGACACAAUGAGUUGAUAACACCGGAGCAGAACAGAUGGUGGACUGUUAUGCAGCGCAUACAUGACAAUAUAGACAUCGGUGAAAACCAUCGCAUUGAGCACCGAGACCACCUCCAGUUCGGACUUGAGGUAGUGCGCUGCCAGAAUGAGCCGCAUAUUGAGAUAAUAAUGCUACUCCAACUUGGUAAGCUGCUAGCCAGCCGAGAGGAUUGUGCUAAUUUGGAAGCGCGGAUCGAGGCAUUUUACAAACUGGGUAUUAGCAUGAUGAUACGUCAUCAGGAGCAUAAGCUAGAACCAUUUUAUAGGUACUUUAAAUAUAUGAAUGUCAAUGCAAGCAGUGUCUGGAUACAGGUAAAACAGUUGGCUGAAGAAGCUCUCGCAUAUUUAAGUAAGCGGUCAAUAAAGCUAGGAAAUCACCAAGAGUUCGUAAAAGAUAUACAUGGCCUUAAGUUGCCAAUGGCCACUUAUCUGCAGGCGGAGUCCUAUCGUCAGCUGGCAGAUUCAAGCCACACGUCUCGAGUAGCGCGUCAAAACUUUCAGGAACGACGAAUAGAGUGCCUGAGGGAAACUAAGGCUUUACUUGGAAAUAAUCAUGAGCAUCCACUCAGCUCUGUGGUGCAGCGCGAACUAAAGAAUUCUUUAGCUGACGAGCGCUAUGGUUCACCAGAACUUCAUAACAAUUCCAGUACCUACGAGGAUGCUGAGGAUGAUUAUUAUACUGGUGCUGCACAGUCGCUUAAUCGCUCAAGGCGCCAGCUGGAGUCGCAAUCGCCAGCUACCUUACACCUGGAGCAAACAAUAAAACAGCAGACACAAGUAGUUAGCAAACAAUUGUGCGUUCUCAAGGAUAAUGUAGGCAGCAACUUUGAGGCUAUUCGCCAGGACAUUAAAGCGAUAUCUGAAAAAUUUGAUAUGAUUGAAGAGUUACUUAAGAAAUUGAAGACUAAUGGUGGCUGCAGUCACGAAAUCCAAUCCCGUGAAGUAGACGCCGCUGCUGCAGCGGCUGCCCUUGGUCUUGAUGAGUUUUUAAACAUGGAUGAUGCAAUACAGACAAAUUACUUAAAUUCCGCGCCGCCAACUCAUAAUGCCCAAGAACGUUUAUAUCCGUCAACUGGAAGUGCUACACAGCCUAAUGCAGCAUAUGGAAGCCCUAUGUUUAAUCAGAAUCAAAUGUACAAUUACUUCGCUAGCCAAGCCCAGUUUAUGAGAACUCCGCCAACGGCCAGUAACAUGCCAUCCAAUCUCUAUGGACCACGUCCACCACCGAGCUUUGGUGUGCCGCCCAACAUGUAUCCGAAUCCAACAGGAGCUCCAUUUAUAGAAAGUUUGAAUUAUGGAAUUUCUGCGCCGCCACCCAGCUUAGUACUACCGCAAGUUUCACAGGCGCAGCCGUUUAACCACCCUCCAGUUCCACAUAACGUUAAUAUGGCUUCUAGUGCAAACUUCUUCAACACAGCACAAUUUCUGCCAUCGACCGUUCCAGUUCCACAACAGGUACCGCAACCGGCUCAACAACUACAGCCGCCUGUGCAGGCACCUCUGGUGCAGCACAAGCCCACAAUAGCCACUACCACAUCGAUUACACUGGCUUCUGCUACAGGAACUGCUGCAGUAACUGCACCUGUCGACGCAUCUCCUGCUGCGGCUGCUCCAGCCGUAGCUACUUCGGCCGCUGCCGCUUCUUCAGCUAUUUUUAAUCGUGCCCUCAAUAAUCAGCCAGUGGAAAAGGAGCCUCCAGCCAAUGUGGUUAUCACCAGCUCAGAUCCUCUUCCCAAAACAGCAGUCGCUAGUGCCCAACCGACUCUCAGUGUCACCAUACCGCCUCAGCAUAUAAAACCCAGUUUGGUACAGUCCACAGAGCCAGCCGCCGUUGGAGGAAGUGAUUUUAAUUUCAGUCUAGGCAAUAACAAUGCAGGCAACAUCUUCAGCGGACUGCCCACAUCCACAUUUUCAUUCAAGACGCAGGUUGCGCAAGCAGCAGCCGAGAAGCAAAAAGAAUUGGCUGCAGAUGCAGCCAACAACGAUAGCGUCGUGAGUGAGCCCAACAAUGGUUUUGGUGGUGAUGCGUCUGCUGAGCUUGACUAUGAUCCACGGCCAGAUUUUCAAGGCAUCAUACCGCUACCAGCUGAAGUAGAAGUGCGUACCGGGGAGGAGGAUGAGAAAGUCAAUUUCAGUCAUCGAGCCAAGCUUUUUAGGCAUGUUGAUAAAGAGUGGAAGGAGCGCGGAAUCGGUAUCAUUAAAAUAUUGACGAAUCAAACCAGCGGCUGCACCCGAAUUUUAAUGCGACGUGAGCAGACCCAUAAGAUUUGUGCAAAUCACAAAAUCACAUCGGGUAUGACCCUUACCACGCCAGAGCAGGAUAAAGAGGAAAAGUCUUUUCUAUGGGCAGCCAAUGAUUUUGCGGAUGAGAAGUUAAAACUGGAAAAGUUUCUUGUCCGCUUUAAGUUGGCCGAGACAGCCAAAGAUUUUAAGUUGGCUUUUGAACAAGCGGUAAGAGAAGCAAAAACAAAUGAAACAAAGCCGCCUGUAUUUGGUCUUGCUAAGAGUAGCGCCAUCAACAGCUUUGUGACCAGCACGCCUGCUGCGAGUGCGUUACCCAAACAAAUAGAGCCAGUUAAGGUGGGUGAAGUUGAACCUAAAGUUGACGCUGUAGUUCCCAAGACACUUUUUGGUAAUUUACCCGCUACAACAACAAACGCUGCGACAUCCUCGCCCUUCGCCAAUUUUAACUUUGGCACUACCUCAAAGGGCACUAAGCCUUCGGUUAAUCUCUCUUUUGGUAGUGUAUCAGCUGCAACAGACACAAGUAGUAGCAACACAGCCUUCACAACUGCUUUUAACUUUGGCAGCAACCUUUUCAAUAAACCUGCAGUGCAAAGUGAGCAACAUGCGGGACCUCAGCUACAGACCCAAAAUCAAUCGGCUGCUUCGGACGUAGAACCUGAGGAGGAAUAUGUGCCUACAGCGCAAUUUGCACCUGUGAUUCCGUUGCCAGAGCUGGUCGAAGUCGUAACUGGCGAGGAGGAUGAACUGGUACUUUUCGAGCAUCGCGCCAAAUUGUUGCGCUUCGACAAAAAAACAAACGAAUGGAAGGAGCGUGGCCUGGGCAAUAUUAAGCUACUUCAGAAGAAAACGGAUCCCAGUCUAGUACGACUGCUCAUGCGCCGGGAACAGGUGCUCAAAGUGUGCUGCAAUCAGCGUCUUCAACCAGACGCUAAGUUCAGCUAUUUAAAUAAUACACAGAAUGCGCUAACCUGGGCAGCUCCAGAUUAUGCCGAGCAGGAGAUGACCACCGAGUUACUAUGUGUGCGAUUUAAGACCGCCGAAAUAUGUAAAGAGUUUUAUGAUUCGGUACUCAAGGCACAGGCGGUCAUGUCCCAAGAGAAACCUAAUCCUGAACCGCAAAAGAAACAGAUUGACAAAAACGACAAUAAGGAUACCGAAAACAAAACUUUCGGAUUUGGAGAUGCUUUUAAGCCAAAAGCCGGAAGCUGGAACUGCAAAGGCUGUUAUACCAGCAACGAUGCUGCACAGCUUUAUUGUGUGGCUUGCGAAACUCCCAAAGAUGACACAGUUCCACCAAAGUCAUCAACGCUCGACCAGAGUGGGGCACUAAAUCUUAGCAGCAGUGCUGGCAAAUUUACUUUUGGUUUUGGACAGUCCACAGCAACGAAAAGUUUAAGUGUUGAUAACAAAACGGCGUUAGAUAAGUUACCAACUGCAGCCGAUCCACUUGCUGCUAAAACUAAUGUAUCCUCCGUUGAGAACUUUGGCGAUGCAGUUACUACUAAGCUGUCUGCCUCACAGUCAGACAAACCCAAAGCUGUUGGCUUUGGAGAUGCCUUCAAACCAAAGAUAGGUAGCUGGAACUGUAAAGACUGUUAUACCCUAAACGAUGUCGCGCAACUGUACUGUCUAGCCUGUCAGGCACCGAUGGAUGACAACGUACCUAAAAAGGACAACAAACUGGACAUUAGUGGCGGGAUAAACUUUCCAACUUCCUCGAGCACGUAUACGUUUGGUUUUGGUGCAGUUCCAGUUGGGACAACUAAAUCAAUCGGCGGCUCCAGUAGUGACAGCAUUACCAAUGUUAUGCCCAAUAAAACCAUCGAGGGCAGCAUCUUUAAUUCUGCCAGUUUUAACUUUAAGCCAACAACGGUUACAGGCAGCAGCAAUUUGGUUUCCAACACAUUUAGUUUCUCAAUGCCCAAGAUACAUCAGCAACCCAAAAGCCCAACUGGAGUUAGUGGAGGAGCCGAUGUGAGUAAUGAUGAUGAAAGUCACGUCGAUGAGGAGGAGAAUAAUGCAUAUUUUGCACCCGUAAUUCCGUUGCCGGAUAAGAUUGAUGUUAGGACAGGCGAAGAGGAUGAAUUUCUGCUCUAUGUGCAGCGUGCGAAGCUGUAUCGCCUGACUGAGGCUGGGGAGUGGAAAGAACGCGGCUUAGGUGACCUAAAGAUUCUCCGUCAUAAGGAGACUAAAAAUCUACGUGUUGUCAUGCGGCGGGAAAAAGUAUUAAAAAUUUGCCUCAAUCAUGUGCUAAACUCAAGCGUGGUCUAUAAGCCGAAAGAUGAAAAAACAUGGUUGUUUGCCGUGCACGAUUUUAGCGAAGGUGAGUCUGUAUUGGAGCGGUUUGCAUUGCGCUUCAAAAAUGCGGACAUUGCGCAGGUAUUUUAUAAUACGGUGAAGUGCGCUCUUAAUGGUACCGCUGAGCCCAUUUGCGAGGAGGAGAACCAACAGCAAGACCAGUUGAAUGCAACACCCAGUAAACCUGAUAAUGGACCAGAUAUUUCCAAUGAAAUUCAGACGCUGGCGAACAAGCUUACGCUCAGUUGCGAGUUUCUGACAGCCCAGUCGAGCUGCAGCGGCUGUCGUGGCUGUGAGCCAGAAAACUUUGAUUACGGACAGCCAGCGAAAGAUGAAGUAGCGAUUAAGCCACUUCCCUUAACAUUGCCUGCAUUGACGUUACCUAAACCCAAGGAACAGGAGCAGUUUCAGGCGCAGGAAGCUGCGGCAUUGUCCAAUCGGGGCUUGCUUAAGGCAAGUACUCUGGCAGCCAACACCACCAAUAAUAAAUUUGGUAGCUUCGGUGGUUUUAGCAGCGCUGUCUCCGCCAACUCUACAGCCACCUCUGCCGCGUCACCGAAGCAAACGGAGACAAAAUCUGUUGGUCUGGAAGGUGGCUUCCUCUUUGGCAACACAGAAAAACCUGUUUUUGGGCUGAGUGCAUCGCUGUUUGGAGGAAACAACGCCGCCAAGCCGCAACAGUCCGUUUUUGGAGGUCUUAGUGGCGGGGAAAACAAGUAUAGUAGUCAGUCAAAUUCGAUAUUUGGUAGUACGGGGACUUCACAAAUCAGCAAUCAAGAGGAGGCGCCCAAGUCAAUUUUUUCCCCGUUCGGUGACAGUAGCUUCAAAAACAGCAAUAGCUCAACCAGUUUUACGUUCGGUACCAUCUCUGGAUCAAGUGCGGCUCCCUCGUUUGACAGUCAGGUAAAGGAUAAAACCAUCUCAGUUGCGGAAACGGCGAACAUCAAGGAACAGACGAAAGACAACAAAGAAAAUAUUGAGGAGACCUCUGGAACGAAGCCAGGUAUCUCCCCUUCGUCUCUUGAUCAAAAUACUGUCAGUUGUUUCUCAGACUUGGCAGCAAAGGCUGGCGAUGAUUUUGCAAGCUUGGCAGCCAAGGGAACGAGUAACCCGAUUGGUUUUCAAAAGUCAGACACUGGUGGCUAUUUUGGCUUAACGCAUCAGGAUGAUUUCAAGAACUUUAAGUCAUCGACAGCAAAAGCACACAACACUACGGAAAGCGUCAACGAUGAUGAUAACUACGAUCCACAUUAUGAGCCCAUAAUUGCUUUGCCCAAUGAGAUUGUUGUCAGUACCGGCGAGGAAAACGAGGUGAAACUUUUUGGUGAACGCGCGACGUUGUUUCGCUUCAAUUCGGAUUCCAAAGAGUGGAAGGAGCGUGGAGUAGGCGAGUUGAAGAUUUUAAAGCAUACGACUUUAAACACCUAUCGCAUGGUCAUGCGUCGUGAGCAAAUUCAUAAACUGGUAGUCAACAUGAAGAUAAGUAAGUCGUUUACGAUGGAGUACAUGAACGGGCAAAAAAAAAGUUUUAUCUGGGCGAACUUCAAUUAUGCCGAGUCGCCUGAUGGUGUGGUAGAACGUCUUGCCUGCCGGUUUAAGAAGCAAGAACUGGCUGAUAAAUUCCAUGAGACUAUAGAACAGUGCGUUGCUGACGCAAAAGCGUCGUCUUCGGGUGAAGAGCCAAACCAGAAGGAUGCAUUCGUCGAAACUUGAGUUUAUAAUAAGCCCUACUAAGUUUAAACUUAUUCAUUGUUGUAUAAGAUUCAAAAGUAAUAAAAUGAAAAUAAUUUGA